UCAGCACGCCUUAAACAAGUGAUCGCGAAGAAACAACUCAUUUCUUCACGACAUCGCUGGAAGGGCAUUUAACAGCAGGACGCAGCGAAGCUUUUUUUUUUUUGAACGACUGACCCAACCAACGGUUUCCGCGCCGUUUGACCACUCGAUUAGUCAUUCCAGGCUGGGCAGUCGGGACGCAAUGGCUGGAUCCCAACAAUCGGGCGGCGGGUUUGACCCCCUCGAGUUCAUGGACUUCUCACAAUACGACAGCAACAACAAUAACAACAACAACAACGACAACAACAACGCCAACACCAAUAACAACAACAACAACACAAACACCAACAACCUCGGGUACCAGCCAUCAUCGCUGUCGCCCUCAUCCUCGAUCACUCUCAAGUCAGAGACUUCGGAUGCACCGUCGCUGUUUCCCUCCAACCAGGGCUUCUCGGCGCCCAGCCAUCAGUACGACCUCUACAAGCAGCAGACAGGCCUUGUCCCUGGUGCAUUGACCACCACCCUGUCCAUGAAUGAGCCCCACGGUUACUUUCAGGAGUUUCUCGAUCUUCAACAGAACGACAUGCUCAGUGGCUUGGGGGGAGCGGACGAUGUGUUCGACUUCAACGCGCCUUUGACGGGCGGCCUUGAUGCUUCGGGGUUGGAUCUGGAUAUGGGCUUCCAGACACAGGCGUCGGAUACCGGGAUCUACCUGAACUCGACCAUCAACCCCAGCGCCAUUGGUGGGCAGGAGCCUGAUGCUCUGACCUCGCCCCUGCCCUCCACACCCGCACUGUCGACGCCCCCAGGCCGCGUGUGGCCAGGUAUUCACCAACAGCAGGCAGCCUUGAGGGCACAACAGAGGCGACAACAGCAGCAGCAGCAGCAACAGCAACAACAGGUUAAGCAGGCGCCAAAGCCCAGGUCGCCGCAGACCAGCAGCUCUAUUGCUGAGCAAAACGUUCAACAAAUACUCAACUCGAUGCGUUCCGAGCCCGUGCAAUACACGCCCAUCAAGACUCUACCGCAUAUGAACUUUACCAGGCGGCCAAAGACAGAUGCGGAGAUGGACGAGGAUGAGAAGUUCCUGGCCAGCGAGGAGGGCAAGAAGCUCAGCAGCCAAGAGCGUCGCCAGCUCCGAAACAAGGUCUCCGCCCGCGCCUUCCGCGGCAGGAGGAAGGAGUACAUCAGCUGGUUGGAGACCCAGCUGACGGACAAGGUCAACGAGGCCGGCCUCCUCCGGGCGCAGAACCAAGCACUGAUCGAGGAAAACGCGCGGCUGACGGGGCUGACCAAGAUGCUCCUGUCGUCGGAGCACUUCCGGGACAUGCUGGCCGACCUCAGCUCAAACCCCCAGAAGCUGGCCGACCUGCGCUCCGCCAACGAGCCUCAAGCCCAGCAGCAGGCGCGCCAGCAGGCCGAGCGCGAGGCCCAGAUGCAGGCCCGCCUGCAAGCCAACAAGGACGCCAACCCCCAUCUCGCCGAGCAGCAACACCUCCAGUACCAGGAGCACUUUCGCCUACACAUGAUGGCCAACCGUCAUACGAGCGUCGCUUGAGUAGCGAUUUUUCAGCGUUUGCAUGUGCCUUGAAGAAAUUACUAUUGGAGUGGUUAUUUGUGGACUUCGGCGUUGGGCUUCUCGGGUGCUGGGAUAUGGCUCGUGUGCAUAGCGGAUACUCUCUGAUUCUCUUUUUGUAUAGCCUGUUUUUCUCCUAUCUGUUUAUUCGGCGGCCCUGCCCCCCCUCAGCUACAUGCGGAAUGCAUCAAAGACAUGACAGACGUUGCGAGCCACUUUACGGCUCCAGAAGAGAAUACAAUCCGCUCUGCUCUUCAGCUUGCGCGCAUCUCGCCAGUCGAUGUUAUUAUGACUACUUUUAGGGCCGCGUCUGUGACGGCUUUUGCCCUGUUCUGCCUUUUUCCAUUGUCGCCUUUCACCUUCAGCCGUUCUCGCUUCUACCCACUUAGGGUUCACGCGGCCCAUCCUCACGAACUUUCCUGGAUUUAAUUAAGCUGCCGUCGUGUCAUGACCCGAUCCGGCCUUGUUAGGGCGAUCUGGGGGACGGUCAAAGAGCGGAGAACGCACAAGUUCGUCGUUUGAUACAUGGUUUGCUUCCGUUCACAGUUGCUGUACUGCGAUGGCCAGCGGCAUGAACUACGAGAUGAGCACAGCGGUCAUCAAGUCGAGGUCUACUUAGCAUGCCUUAGAAGCAGAAUCGGAAGUGUUACGUGCAAUGCUUUAUUCUUGUUUCUUCUCGGGGCUUUGCUUCCCUCAUGCUGCCAGGUUCAACAGCAGUUAGAGAGAAUGGAUACCUGAUGAAUUUUC